AUGAUAUUGAAUUCUGAUAAUGAUUUGCUAUCGAGAAUUUCUUCUUUAAGUCAUCAAAUACAGCCAUCUCUUCAGAUAGCAUAUGAAAGAGGUGAAUUAGCGGAUGAUUUUUUUAGAUCUCGAUCUUUUAUUCAAAAUAAUACAUCAAUACGGGCUAAAGAUAAUAACGGCGGAUUAGACCUGGUCAAUAUUCCACGUGGAUUAACGCAAAUACCGUCAAAAACAUCACCUUUCUUUUUACUCUUGAAACCUGAAACAAAAAAGAAAAGUCCAAUGCAAUACCUGUUAUACUCUUCAUCACAAAGUAUUUUAGUUAGCGAAGAUGUCAAGCAACUUGAAAUUUUACCUGAAAACACGGAAUUUUAUCUCGACCAAAAAAGGUUUUACAUUUAUGUAGAUGAAAACCCAAGGAAAUACGUUUUUAAUGUCAGACGAGAAAUUCUUGAUAUUGUUUUGACGAAUACUUUUGCAAAUCCUUUGGAACCAUUUCUACUUUGCUACAUUGCCAAUGGAAAGAUGCCGCCUAAUACAAAUCUUACAGCUGGAUACUAUUCAAAAGUCAUUUUUAAUAAUACAUUUUUAUUUUAUUAUUAUUUGAUACCACAGAAUUUUAUUUAUCCUGACAUUGUCAGUGCUUGGACUACUGCGGCUAAUUCGAACUUUGAUUUAAUAUUUUCACAAAUACUAAGGCAUUAUUUCAGUGAACAUCGAAAAUCGGAACUUGAACUUAAUGAGAAAUCAUUUUUCUUCAAGGUCAUUGAAUCAUUUCUUACUCAUGAUACUGAUUUCUUGGAUUUUACUAAGGAAUUUGAUCGUCCUGAAGGAGAUUCUGUUGAAUUUUACAUUUCAAAGUGUAAUCUAUUAACAAUGUCAUCAUAUUCGCAUUAUGCAACAUUCCUGAUGUACCAUGAGUUUGAAACAAAGUACGGAGCAGAAUUUGCAACUCAAGUAAUUUGUAAAGUUAUUUACUAUUCCGGACUAAGACCUAAGUUGGCCAAAAAGUUUAACUUUGAUAUAAAGCCCAUUGACAAGCUUCUAGAGUUCACAGAUGACAUCGAUCCAAAAAAUAAAAUUAGAUUAUUCAAUACCGUAAAAGGAAUUAUAUCUCAGCCUAUCAACUAUAUACCAAGAAGAACGAAUGCAACUGUUUAUGCUUCUUAUUCCCUUCUCUUGGAAAAUAUAAUUUCAAAUGGAAUUGAUUUUCUUAAAAUCAUUAGAAAACUUGAAAAGCAUCAGCCAUGGAUUACAUAA